AUGGUAUGGGGGCAUGCGAGGCGUGACACGGGAAGGCCGUGUUUGACGGUGUUGGUGAACGCUGUGAGGUUAGCUGCAUUACGGAGUGUUGAUGUUUACGCUGAAUGCUGCAAAAGAUGUACAGCAAUGCCAGGAGCGCCUCGAAAGAAAUGUGCUGAGAGGAAGCUAUUAGCAGUAAAGAAUAGAGGGAAAAAAAGGGUACGACCGAUGGCACAACAAUCUGAUCUACUCGGUAGCUUAGUUGGGGAGAACGACUCUCAACCCGAGAUGUUUCGGAAAUUUUUAAAACAUGAACAACGCGAAACACCACCACGUUUGUCUCCGGCAGUCGAUGGUCUCUCGAAUGAUCUUAGUGUUUCCCCAGAUGAUAGUAACAGCAACAAUGCAGAUACUAGGAAACCCUGUAUAUUACUUCCGAAAAAUAGCGAUGACAGUCAGGGGUCACUGUUGGAUAGAAAGGAUGAAGUUCAGCGACUGCUUUCGAAAACCGCUGAACAGGAAAUGCCACAGCUCGACAAUGAAUGUCAGAAUGCUGCAUGUGGACAGGACAAUGGUACUGAUCCUGAAUCGGUAGCAACAUCUUCAGUGCAUUCAGAUGAUACGCCACCCCGUUUAACUGCUGCCCAAGUUAGCUCGUCAUUUGCAUCAAAUGUGAUGGAUGAAGAAAGCCGUGGAGAAUACUGUGACGAUAAUGCAUCACCUCCACCUCUUGAUAAGUACGCAUCUGCUGCAUCGUCACCAAUAGUUCCUGGAUCCAGAGCGAGAGAUUCAACACUGUGGACUUUACGCCUCAGACGGCGUCCAUUUUAUACAUCUUUGUUUAGUUCAGCUUCUGAAGCUGGUCCUUCGGUGAACAAAAGAAGUUGCUCAGAAGCAGACUGGGCAAACAGGCUAGCGGAAGUGCUCAGGGAGUUGCAUCCCAGUCAGCUAGUACUGGCAAAAGAAACCAUUCAUUCAACAGUUGUCAAAAUUUUAGCACAAGAAAUAACGUCUGAUAUAUCAUGUCUUAUGAAUUUGAUUGAAAAUCAGGAUCGCCGCGCUGCUGCUUUCGAAAGAGUUCUUAAGGAUUUGAAGAAAUUUAAAGCUGAUUGCACUUAUGAUUCCGCUCUUUAA